GCAGCCGAACUUUGAGGAUCGCUGAGACGCCGUGCAAGAAAAGUCGAUCGAAGUCGAGAUACUCGUGCUGUUUUCUGUUUUCUGUGUUCUGUGCUGUGACCCACAUAAAAUCUGCAAGAAAUCUUGAAGAAUUUUCUAAUAUCAAAAAAUAUAUUUGUGCUGUGUCGAAAAUAUCAAGAAAAGUGCUUUAACAAAAUGUCCAACCAAAUGGAGUUUAUUAUGCAACUUUACAUGAUGAACUUGAUGAAGCAGCAGCAGCAGCAGCAGCAACUGCAACUGCAGCAGCCGCUGGCUGGAUACACAUACACCCAGAACGAGGAUAUCUCGAGCAGCACUUGCCUGCAGCAGCAACACGAGCAGCAGCAACAUCAGCAGCAACAUCAGGCACAACAGCAAUCGCAUCUGCAACAGCCACAGCAAGAUCCUCUCAAGACAAGAACGCACAAACGCAUUAGCUCGCAAAACACCAACUGUAGUAGUAGCCGUAGUUGUAGUCCCAAUAGUAAUUUGAUUGCUUUUCAACCACAACAAUAUACAGGCGCUACAGCAGCAACACCACCCACACCUAACCACAACACACACAAUUUGGUGGGCCAAAUGUUGCUCAACACCCUGCCGCCGCUGACGCAGUACAUGUUGCAGCAACAGCAACAGCAGCAGCAGCAGCAGCAGCAUUUGCUGACCACCACCAACCUCCUACUAACACCCACCCACACCCCCAGUUCGCUGGGAAAGCCGGAUCCGCCGCAACAUCAGUUGCUGCUGGGCCAAUUCGCCAGCUCCGAACCGUUUACCACAAAUAAUUUUCUGCAAUCCUCCACAGUGACAUCCACGCCAAUCGAGAAGGCAGCCACGCCAGCAACUGAGGCAGGACCCACUGCAGCAGGAGCCACCGCCGGCGACCUUUCGGCGGUCACAGUCAAGUUUGAGCAGGACUCCGUCGACGACGAGGACGACGACAAACCGCUGUCCAGCCUCAACAGCUGCAGCUCCUCGGGCCACAGCCACACCAAUGCCAGCUCCGAGAAGCUGCUGCUCCUGUCGGGCGUCCAUCCGCUGGAGUCAACCACCGACAGCCUUGACUCACCCAGCAUGUACACGCCCGUCAAGCAGCCAGCGGACUCGUCGUACAACAUCACGCCCGUCGAAAGCGAACUGACCCCCAACACGCCCCUCCAGCAGACCCAGACCACCUCCCUCCUGACCCCACCCUCCAGCGAGCAGAGCAAGAGCAUGGUGAGCCUCUCGGCGGCCAGCGGCCUGGACGCCCUGCUCCAGAGCGAGGAGAUCCUGAAGAACCUGCGCAAGGUUUCCUCCUACCUGGAGUGCGAGAACAGCCUGUGCCGGCAGGAGAACCUGCGGGAGCACUUCCACUGCCACGAGGAGCCCUGCCAGGGCAAGAUCCUGAGCAAGAAGGACGACAUCAUCCGGCACCUGAAGUGGCACAAGAAGCGCAAGGAGAGCCUCAAGCUGGGCUUCGCCCGCUUCUCCUCCUCCGACGACUGUGCCCCCGCCUACGGAGAGGGCUGCGCCUACAACUGGAAGCAGACCCACUACCACUGCGUCUACGAGCACUGUCCCAAGGUCUAUGUGAGCACCAGCGACGUCCAGAUGCACGCCAACUUCCACCGCAAGGACUCCGAGAUCGUCAACGAGGGCUUCCGGCGCUUCCGGGCCCACGAGAACUGCCGCAUCGAGGAUUGCCCCUUCUUCGGCAAGAAGAUCUCGCACUAUCACUGCUGUCGCGAGGGCUGCAAUCACACCUUCAAGAACAAGGCUGAUAUGGACAAACACAAGACCUACCAUCUGAAAGACCACCAGCUGAAGAUGGAUGGCUUCAAGAAGAUCCUGAAGACCGAGGUGUGUCCUUUCGAGGCCUGCAAGUUCUCCACCGUCUGCAACCACAUCCACUGCGUCCGCGAGGGCUGCGACUACAUCCUGCACUCCAGCAGCCAGAUGAUCAGCCACAAGAGGAAACACGAUCGUCAGGAUGGAGAGCAGGCCUACCAGCAGUUCAAGGUCAAGCAGGAUGUGGAGGAGUCCUCGCUGGAUGCCACGUCCCAGCAGCAACAUCAGCAGCAGCAGCCCAUCGGCGGUGGCCAACCCCAAGUCAGCAAUUCGGUUUGUGGCAGCAACGCCUCCACUCCGCUCUCCUCCCUCUCCGCCGAGCACUUUCUGGCCCGAAAACGCGGCAGGCCGCCCAAGAAAAUUCAACUGCCCGCCGAUGUCCAGCAGCCGGAUGCCAAGCGCCUCAAGGUCGAGGAUGACACCAGCAAUCCCGCCUUGCCCCUGCCCCAGAUCCAGAUCCAGUCCCAGCCCGCAGCCCCUGUCCAUCCGCUGACCAAUGGUCUGUUUCCCGGCCUGCUGCCCGCUGCCUCUGCUCCUGGAGUGGAUCCCACGGCCCCCAAUUUCCAGCUCACCCACUUGAUGGCCCUGUUUCAGCUGCAGAACCCGCUCUUCUACCAGAACCUCUAUCCCGCCAUGACCCAGAACCCCUCCAUGCUGGGAAAUCUGGCGGCGCUUAGUGCCGCUUCGGCAGCAGCGGCGGCGGCAGCGGCGGCCAAUGGAGCAGCAAUCCAGCAGCCCAAGUCGGAGUUUAGCUUUAAGCCGGAGUUUAAGGAGUAGAAGGGAUGCAUGUCCUCGCGAUAGUUUUAGAUUAGUAAUUUGGACCAACGGACACUGUACAUAUGGGCUAAAAGCAGGUUCCUCUUUCCUUGGGUUGGAUUUUUUUGGGUGUUGAGGCAGGAUGAGGACAUGGCAUCUUUCCCUCCACAAAAACCAACUCAGCCGCAUUUUGAGGAGCCUUAAGUCUCUGCUCAAAGUGCAGCUGAAUUGGCUUUUGCAGAUUACCCUCCCCUAGCUUAGAUUCUUUGAGUGCCACAUUAAUUUUUAAAAUUUUUCAGCCAUUUUUAAUAAAAACGAGAAGAAUUUCUUGAAUUUUAGUUUGACUAAAACUGUGAUGUUUUCAUUAGGCUAGCCGCUUUGAAUUGGUAGGAGACUUGAGUUGUCAAUAUUGUACUUUAUAGGCAUUAAAUUGUAUGUGAUAUAACAAUAAAAUAAGGCUAAUUGUUGUCGCUUUAUAAAAUAAGAGGAUGCUAUUUAAAUAAAAUACUAGAAACUUUA